UAAACGACUCCGAUUAGGAAAGUUUUGAACAUUCUGCCCAGUUAAUUCAUUUCAUGGCAGAGAUGCGAAUAGAACGUUUAUAAAUUGACGGAAACACAUACAACACCUGGUGGAAUAAAAAUGAGUACAUCAAUACAGGAAAGUGGAGAACGGGAAGCUCACCAGACGGAGAAUGGCGAAGGGAAACCGUUGCUUGCUUCACAAAAGGUGGUUGCAGGAAAAGUCAAAAGUUCGAUGAUAUCAGCCUCUUUUAAUUUCAUCAAUUCGAUAAUAGGAUCUGGAAUAAUAGGUUUGCCAUACUCCUUAAACCAGGCUGGCCUUCCACUUGGCCUUUUUCUCCUGGUUUUGGUAGCAUUUAUUACAGACUACUCUAUCAUCUUGUUGAUUAAAGGAGGGAAUCUUUCAGGGACAAAUAGUUACCAGUCACUUGUACGUAGCACUUUUGGUAUCACUGGAUUUUGGGUUCUGUCUUUAUUGCAGUUUCUAUACCCUUUCAUUGCUAUGAUCAGCUACAACAUCAUAACUGGUGACACAUUGACCAAAGUGUUUCAGAGACUACCUGGAGUUGGACCAGGCCACAUACUUUCAGAGAGACAUUUUGUCAUCGCAGUGUCCACUAUUCUAUUCACAUUACCCCUGUCUCUUUUCCGGAAUAUAUCAAAGCUGGGAAAGGUGUCCUUACUGUCCAUGGUGUUGACUGUUUUCAUCCUCAUCACUGUUAUCAUCAGAGCAGCUACCCUGGGACCACAUAUUCCCCCUACAGAGAAUGCAUGGGUGUUUGCAAGGUGGAAUGCGAUUCAGGCCGUUGGUGUUAUGUCUUUUGCCUUUAUCUGUCAUCACAACAGCUUUAUGAUCUACGGCUCUCUGAAGGAACAGAGCCUAAGUAACUGGUCUCGUGUCACCCACAUGUCUGUUGGUUCGGCUAUGAUUGUCAGUAUUCUGUUUGCUGCGACUGGCUAUGCUACCUUCACUGGGUACACACAAGGUGAUAUCUUUGAAAACUACUGUGGGAACGAUGACCUGGCUACUUUUGGUCGCUUCUGUUUUGGCAUCAGUAUAAUAACAACUUUUCCUCUGGAAUGUUUUGUGACUCGAGAGGUAGUAUCCAAUGUUUUUUUUAAAGGGUCUCUCAACAACCAUGCCCAUGUGGCGGUCACCUUGCUCAUAGUUGCAGCGUGCACAGCAUUAUCCUUGGCCUACGACUGUCUGGGUAUUGUUCUGGUGUUAAAUGGAGUUGUAAGCGCCACACCUUUAAUUUUCAUAAUUCCAUCAGCUUGCUACCUCAAGCUUUCCACAGAGCGCUGGUUCAAAGGUGAAAACCGCAUCCCCUGUCUCAUCCUCAUAGCUGGUGUCUUUGUCAUGACAACAGGUUUGAUCAUGGCGGUUAUGUUCCCCCAAGACUGCUCCCAUGGAGCCGAGAUGUUUUACUGCUCAACUUCCAACCUCUCCAUAUCCCCCACACCACCCACUGAGCUACUCUUUCAGAAUUCAACUCAGAAUUCUACAUGAAACGUUGUUGUUACACACUGGGGUUUUGUGAUAUGACUUUGUAUGCUCAUUGUAUUUAUUACCUCUGCAAUGAAUUUGUGUGUCAUAAUUUAUGCUACUAUUUGUGAAAAUGCCAUAAUGCAAUAGAUUGAUCAAUUUGUAUAUCAGACUGAGACAAAGUUCCACUUUGAAUUUCGCGAGUAGUAUCUUCGAGAAACCUACCACACGAUGUCGCUGUAACAUAAUCUGACUAAAUAACACUUUUAUAAAAACGUUUCUCAAAGGUAACCUUUUGCCUUGAUGUCACGCCCUUCGAAGAUGCAGUUAUAGAAGUUUGUCCAAUGGUAGUGCAUUUUCCACGGUUGGUUAGAGGGAAUAUGUUAUACAUUUACUAUUUGGGCAAUUUCAUGUUUAUAAUAUUUAGUAUAUUUCAAUAUUAUAAAUGUAAACCCGAAUUGUUCACUUCACUAAAAAUAAAAGUAAUAUGAAUUGUC